AUGAAGUUCUUCAAUCUGAUUUCCUUCGUUGCACUGAUCCCCAGUGUUCUCUCGAUAAAUGGGUUUCCAGCCAUUUGCACUUGGGAUCCUCCCAUAUCCGUCGAGGCAGGCGCCUCGCUUUCCGCAAGGAUCGACAACCCCUGGGCCGGCUGCUGCACGGCAACCCUGCGGUUCGCAGAUUCCGAGUUCCUGCCCAUCAACUGGUCAUUUGACGCCAUCCAAUGCGCGGACUUUGAGCUUGCCCAGCUGUCUGUACUGGUGGACUUGCCUAAUGGCGACUCGCAGUGUGCGGGGCAGGCGGCAUUGACCUGCAGCCAUGUUGAGAUCACGAACGGGCGGGGUAACAUUGGCGCGGUCAGUCUCGAUCAGAGUGGCACUGUUGCCUUAACAGCAGCAACCACUGGUUUCCAGACCACCACCACUGAUGCGGCGGUGGCUGGUGCUCAUACGUUGACGGCGGCCGUCCUUCCAACCGGGCCCGCACAGACAGGACCGACUCCUGCGCCGGCUGCCGCAGCCACUACCCAACCCCUGGUAGCGCCUCCGUCCGCGCCCACCACAGUGGGCGCCCAGAACUCCGACGUCGGUGGCACAGCUGCGACAACGCCUACACUCUAA